AUCAAAGAACAUCCCAACAACUAAAGAUGUUGAACCACUGCUGGAAAUAGAUGGAGAUAUAAGAAAUUUUGAAGUGUUUUUGUCUUCAAGGACCCCAGUUCUUGUGGCUCGAGAUGUAAAAACCUUCUUGCCAUGCACUGUAAACCUCGACCCCAAACUACGGGAAAUUAUUGCAGAUGUUCGUGCUGCAAGAGACCAGAUCAAUAUCGGGGGCCUUGCGUACCCCCCGCUCCCUGUCCACGAAGCCCCUCCUCGACCACCGUCAGGCUACAGCCAGCCUCCAUCUGUCUGUUCUUCUUCCACGUCCUUCAACGGGCCGUUCGGAGGUGGGGUUGUGUCACCACAGCCUCACAGCAGCUAUUACAGUGGCAUGACGGGACCCCAGCAUCCGUUCUAUAACAGGCCAUUCUUUGCCCCAUACCUUUACACGCCAAGGUAUUACCCUGGCGGCUCCCAACAUCUCAUCUCACGUCCAUCAGUAAAAUCGAAUUUGCCCAGAGAGCAGAGCAAUGGCCUAGAGGUUAUCAAGGAGGACGCUGCUGAGGGGCUUUCUUCACCCACAGACUCCUCGAGGCCGUGUGACUCUGGGUUUAGCAAACAGAGACAGGGAUCAGGCCCCGCCUCAGGAACAAUAUCACUAAAUUCAAUGAAUGUGGACGCAGUGUGCGAGAAGCUGAAACAAAUAGAAGGGCUGGAGCAGAGCAUGCUGCCUCAGUACUGUGCUACCAUCAGAAAGGCAAACAUAAAUGGCCGUGUGUUAGCUCAGUGUAACAUUGAUGAGCUGAAGAAAGAGAUGAAUAUGAACUUUGGAGACUGGCAUCUGUUUAGAAGCACAGUACUAGAAAUGAGAAACGCAGAAACCCAAGUGGUCCCUGAAGACCCACGUGCGCUCAGUGAAAACAACAGCGGCCCCGGCCCUCUUUGUGAACCUGCUCGUCGACCUGCACACAGCGAACUGCCCCACACCGAGCUUUCCGGUCAGACUCCCUACACGCUCAACUUCAGCUUCGAAGAACUGAAUGCACUUGGUCUAGAUGAAGGCGCCCCACGUCACAGUAACCUGAGUUGGCAGUCACAAACUCGCAGAACCCCAAGUCUUUCGAGUCUCAAUUCCCAGGAUUCCAGUAUUGAAAUUUCAAAGCUUACUGAUAAGGUGCAGGCUGAGUAUAGAGAUGCCUAUAGAGAAUAUAUUGCUCAGAUGUCGCAGUUAGAAGGAGGUACAGGCUCUGCAACAAUUAGUGGCCGGUCUUCUCCACACAGCACAUAUUAUAUGGGUCAGAGUUCGUCAGGGGGCUCCAUUCAUUCUAGUCUAGAAGCAGAAAAAGGGAAGGAUAGUGAACCAAAGCAAGAUGAUGGAAGGAAGUCAUUUGUAAUGAAGAGGGCAGAUGUUAUCGAUUACUCCUCAUCAGGAGUUUCCACUAACGAUGCCUCCCCCCUGGACCCUAUCACCGAAGAAGAUGAAAAGUCUGACCAGUCAGGCAGUAAGCUCCUCCCAGGCAAGAAACCCUCGGAAAGGUCAAGUCUCUUCCAGACAGACUUGAAGCUGAAGGGGGGUGGACUGCGCUAUCAGAAACUUCCAAGCGAUGAAGAUGAGUCUGGAACCGAAGAAUCAGAUAAUACUCCACUGCUCAGAGAUGACAAAGACAGAAAAGCUGAAGGGAAAGCAGAGAGAGCGUCCAAGUCCCCAGAACACAGUGCCGAGCCAAUCAGAACCUUCAUUAAAGCAAAGGAGUACUUGUCAGACGCCCUCCUGGACAAAAAGGACUCCUCCGAUUCAGGAGUGAGAUCCAGCGAAAGUUCUCCCAACCACUCUCUUCACAACGAAGGCGCUGACGACUCCCAGCUUGAAAAAGCAAAUCUCAUUGAGCUCGAAGAUGACAGCCAUAGUGGCAAACGGGGAGUGCCACAUAGCUUGAGCGGCCUGCAAGAUCCAAUUAUAGCUCGAAUGUCCAUUUGUUCAGAAGACAAGAAGAGCCCUUCUGAGUGCAGCCUGAUGGCCAGCAGCCCUGAAGAGAGCUGGCCCGCAUGCCAGAAAGCCUACAACCUGAACCGGACACCCAGCACUGUGACACUGAACAACAACAGUGCUCCGGCUAAUAGAGCCAACCAGAAUUUUGAUGAAAUGGAGGGAAUUAGAGAGACGGCCCAAGUCAUUCUGAGGCCUGCUUCCAGUUCCAACUCAACUGCUAUUCAAAAUGAAAACCUAAAAGGCAUGACCCAUAAGCGAAGCCAGCGUUCAAGUUACACCAGGCUCUCGAAGGAUUCUUCAGAGCUCCACGCAGUCGCCUCUUCUGACAGUACAGGCUUUGGAGAAGAAAGAGAAAGCAUUCUUUAAGAAAAACACACAAAAGUAGAAUAGUAUCAUUGUGUCCUAUGACAAAAUUGACGUGAGUUUUGUGGUGAAUCCAUCCAUGCACAUCAUCUUUGCAUUUCAUUCACAAGUAAUUAAUGGAUGAGAAGGGCUUUGGGAAAAGAGACACCUUCUAUACAACAGAAGAGGCUAUUAGAAAGGGUGGUUCAUCAGUCAGUCUCCACUGUCUGUAAUUAGAACCUUUAAUUAGAAUAACUUCUUGUUUUCCCUUUCGUUGGCACAUAACCUCAUGAACAUUUUUGAGACAAGAUCUGAGUAUAAAGAUAGGUCAGAAACAUUUCAUUAAAUAUAAGGCGCUUAAUUUGUCAAAGAAAAUAAAAACCUUGAGACCCCUUUUGUAGAACAUCUGUCAUGAAAUAUCUGAGGGAAGACAUGGUGUGAGAGGAACCAGCAGCAAAUUUUGUUCUUAAGAGGUAAAAGAUAAGAAAGAAUUGACAGGUUAUGGAGUAGCCCAGAGACUAACGGUAAACAGAACCAGUGUUCUACAUAUAAUAGACAAUUGCUUCUCGAAGGGUUUUAAAUUUUUAAGUAGAAAAUAUAUGAUAAAGAGGGCUUUGAAACUGGUAGGAAAGCGAGUCAAAGGUGCGCAAAGUGUCACCCCAGUAACUGGGGCAUUAUGAGCUCUAGGAUAAUGGCCUGCGGGGAGGGGACAGCAGCCUCUCUGUGACACGGAUGCGCUUCUUGCCAAACCCCCAGCAGACCCGGCGUCAAGCGCCGUCAACCCACCUGGGGACCCACGCCGGCCUACACUGCAACUUUUAAAUUGUGUGCCCAACUUUUCUUAGCCUAGCAAUGAGGGGAGAAAACAAGAAUUCUUUCUCUGGAGAAUCAAGGAAAACAUGGGUAGUAAUAGGCACUAAUAAAUAUUUAUGGAAUGAGAGAAUGAGGAAAUUCCAUCAGAAAGUCAGUUUGACAAUUGACAAAUGACAAGGAAAUUUAAUUAGGUAAUUGCCUAAUCAUUGCCUAUCAGGGUGGAGUUUAUCUACUUUAUUUAUUCCUAAAUCAGCAUGUUAAUUCUGGGGGAGGAUCAUAAGAAAGGGAAUACUUUAAAAAUAAACGUUUAAAAAAUACGUAACAAAGCAAGGGUAAAAAGAAGGUAAAGCUGGUGUGACUUUCCAUUUAUUGUUAGCAGAGUUAAGAGAAUGAUCAUAUUUAAGUAUUCUGUGGACUAGAAAUGUACCCUGUCAUCAUGCGUUGAAAUUUUUUGCCAUUUUAACAUAGCUUCUUUAUGUAGAAUUAAUUCUGGCAGUAUAUCGUCAGUCACAGUUAAGACUGUAGGCGGUGAGACUGUAGAUGUGUAAUUACCUAAGUGUAGUGUUACAUCUGAGAUGUUUUUCACUGAAUGGAUUUUUAUUAAUAGGUUGAAUAAAUUAUUUACUUGACCAGUCAUUGCACUAAAUAGUUGCUCUUUUGGGUUUGUUGCCUUGAUGUUUGAGUGUAAUCUAACAUUUUCAUGAAGUGUUUAUUGUGCAUGAUGUUAACAAAUGUUUUAGCCAACUAAAAAAAGACAGGAUGUCAUUAACAUUAUAUAUUGAAAUGUUAACAUUUUGUAUUUAUAGUGUUUUUAGUUUGCAAUGUUGUAUAAUUGGUAACUAUUUCAGAGGCAAUUAUUUUGUUCCUUUUCAGGUGAGUAGAUGCAGCUUAAUAUCACUGUAGUAUAUUUAUACCAGUUGUGAAGUUAUUACUAGAGUAUUAAGUGUACAAAUAGAUUUAGAAAAAAAUAAAAAAUCUGCAUGCUA